CGCUUGCGUAGAUGGAAAUCACGCCUCCAACCUAGGUAUGGGCAAGGACUUCAUUGGCUUCCACUGCGCCUGCCCAGAAACGACGUUCUUGCUCACAGAGAUACAUAACCUUCGAGCCACGUGGGUGUCAUUCUGGAAACCGGCUGCGCAAGUAGAGUUCAAGGAGACUCGGACGGGCGUCGGGAGAAGUCCCGGGAGGAGAGCGAGUGCGCUAAACCCAAGGCUCAAGAUGCCCCGGGGGAGUAGGAGUGUGGGGUCUCGGCCGGCUGCGGCUAGCCCAGCACCGUCUCAUGCCCACCCACCGGCUCACCCUCCUCCUUCGGCUGUGGCAGCCCCUGCUCAGCCUCAGCAGCCCGGCUUGAUGGCCCAAAUGGCCUCCACUGCAGCAGGAGUGGCCGUUGGCUCUGCUGUGGGCCAUGUGGUUGGCGGUGCUCUCACAGGGGCGUUCAGUGGGGGCAGCAGCUCCGAGCCAGCAAAACCAGCCAGCACCACCCAGGAGCCCAGGCAGCAGCCGGCCUAUCAGCAAUCCCAGUAUGGACCUUGCCACUACGAGAUGAAGCAGUUCCUGGAUUGUGCUACCAACCAGAAUGACCUGACCUUGUGCGAGGGCUUUAACGAGGCCCUGAAACAGUGCAAAUAUAACAGCGGAGUUACUUCCCUUUUGUGAAGAGAUUUUCCACACUAAUGGUCAAAAUAAUAUCUUGGAGAAGAUCUGUUGAAACCCAAGAGGACUGGAAGGGCUAGUGAGCAGCGGACAAGAAAGGCAAAAGGAUCCAGUCAAAUCGCAAAACCUUUUUAGUGCAGUUAUAAAUUAGCCAGCCAAGAGAAAUUCUGGUUGUGUUCUUGCAGUGGAGCUUUUAAGAUGAAGCUUGUUGUAGAGAAAUGUGAAAUAAAAAAGAUGGUUUAUUUUAAUCUA